AAUUGAAACGGUAAGUUACGAAAAGAACAAAAUGGCGAUAGUUGAAAUCAACGGAACAAUUUUAUCCCAAUUACUACACGACUGUACAGUAAAUAACGCUGAGGGUAUUCUGUUUGGGGAAGUUGUAAAAAGUUUACAAGACGAAAUAACUGAUGAUGAUAUAAAUGAGAGGAAGGAAGAUAUAAGAAUACAUAUAACGAAGAUUCUAACGUGCGAAAGCUAUUACUCCUUCUCAGAUAGAACUGGUCAGGUGAAAAAAAAUAAAUUGCAAAGUCUACUAGAUAAUAAAGAGAAAAAGGAUAUAAUUGGAUGGUUUACUUGUCGUCAUAAUUCUACAAGUCGUAUGAGUUUUCGAGAACAAGCGUUACACCUUAAAUUUGCCGAAUACGCUCGUAAAGAUUUAGAUAAUUUCCUUUUCGGAUUAGUAAUCCCUAGUGCGACAGAUGAUAGUGACGUAAAUUCAUGCAACUUUGACUUUCGAGUGAAGAAAAAGGAUUAUUUUCAUUCUCUUCCAUUGAGAAUUAUUAAUUUAGGACAAAGAAAUAACCAAAAAAAAGUGGAACAGUAUAUACCUAGAUACGUUAAAUCGACAUCUCCUCUAAUCACCAAUUCCAACUCAGUUUUUAAUGAAGUUUCAUCAGAAUAUCAUACGAGCCUUAAAGACCUCUCAAAGAUGCAAGAAGAACACAUAAUGAAUUUAAACUCUACACUUCACAAAGAAUUUGUCGAUUUAUGCAAUAACGCUGCAAAUCAACAACUUCUCGUUGCACAAUUGGAAAAAGAACUAAAAGCAUUAGGUAUUUGCGUAGAAAAUGGUAUUGGAUCACAGGAAGAUGACGAGAAAACUCAUGAUAAUGAUAGAAUAGAAUUAAAAGAAUUGCAGCAUUCUCCUCGACUACACCGUCGUCAUAAUUUAUCUUCAGAAGAACUGUUGAUACAACUAAACGACGAACCGCAAAUAAAGAAGAAAACUUCUCUCCUGGAAAAUGUUGACUUAUCGGAUAUUGAGGAUAACGAUUUUGUCUGUUCAUAA